UCCAACGAAUCUGGUGUCACCGCUGACGGCGCCACUGGAAAAGAAACAUAUGAUACCAGACAGCAGACGAAAAAAAUAAUGCGCUCCUCAGGGUACUGCCUGCUGCGGCCGGCAAUUUGCGGAGCUGCUUCUUGCAGUGCUGCCGUCCCACUCCUCCCCCUCCGAAGCCCUUGUCAGAGACGAAGCAGCAGAAGAAGAAACAGCAGAUCGCUCUCCGUCUCGUCCUCCUCCUCCUCCUCCUCCUCCUCCUCUUCGUCAAUGGCAGCCCGCGACAUCGGGGGAUUCCUCUCGAAGCAGCCCUACCAUCCCCCUUCCUGGGCUUCGCACCUCCGCCCCAUCCCUUCCCACUCCCUCUCCCUCGGACACCUUCCGACUCCAAUUCACAAGUGGAACCUUCCUAACCUUCCAGAAGGCACUGAAGUCUGGAUUAAGCGUGACGACCUCUCAGGAAUGCAAUUGAGCGGCAAUAAGGUCAGGAAACUCGAAUUCUUGAUGGCUGACGCUGUGGCACAAGGAGCGGACUGCGUCAUCACGGUGGGAGGUAUCCAGAGCAACCACUGUCGUGCAACUGCUGUGGCGGCGAGAUAUCUUAAUCUUGACUGCUAUCUGAUACUACGCACCUCCAAGGUUCUUGUGGAUAAAGAUCCUGGUUUGGUCGGUAAUCUCCUAGUUGAACGCCUAGUAGGAGCACACAUCGAACUUGUUUCAAAAGAAGAAUAUGCCAAAAUAGGCAGCGUGGCUCUUGCCGACAUGCUGAAAAGGAGACUUGUAAAUGAAGGAAGAAAGCCGUAUGUGAUUCCUGUCGGUGGAUCAAAUUCUCUUGGAACUUGGGGAUACAUUGAGGCAAUGCGGGAGAUUGAGCAACAAACCCGUUUAUCUGGUUUUCAGUUUGAUGACAUUGUAGUUGCAUGCGGCAGUGGUGGAACUAUUGCUGGCCUUUCUCUGGGGUCAAGUUUGAGUAGUUUGAAGGCAAAAGUUCAUGCAUUUUCUGUCUGUGAUGAUCCUGACUACUUCUACGACUAUGUUCAAGGCCUGAUUGAUGGACUUCAAGCUGGUGUCGAUUCACAUGAUAUAGUCGACAUUGAAAAUGCCAAAGGCUUAGGGUAUGCCAUGAACACAGCGGAGGAGCUUGAAUUUGUUAAAAAGAUAGCAGCUGCAACAGGCAUUGUUCUUGACCCAGUCUACAGUGGAAAAGCUGCAUACGGUAUGUUGAAGGACAUGGACAACAACCCUGCAAAGUGGAAAGGGCGGCGAGUUCUCUUUGUGCAUACCGGCGGCCUCCUCGGGUUGUACGACAAGACCGAACAGAUGGCAUCUCUCGUCGGCAAUUGGCGUAGGAUGGAAGUUGAUGAGUCCGUUCCACGCAAGGACGGGACGGGGAAGAUGUUCUAAUGCUCUACUUCAUCAACUCUCCUUCAAAGUACUUGCUCAAUUUCCCAAUAGGAGCACAGUUUUUUUCGUUUUCUCUUUUCUUUUCCUUCCCUUUUUUUUUUUUUUUUUUUCUCUCAAGGGAUUGUUGUUAAUUAUUUUGGACAUAACGGGUCGAUAUUUGUAAUAAGAUUGGUAAACCAUGAUGCUAAUAUCAUUCAUGCCAAUGUUUUAAAUUUCUGCA